AUGCUGCUCCCUGAAGCACCGGCAUUAGCUUCCGAUGGGAGAACGGAGGGGGUGAGUGCGGUUCGAAGCGGUCAUUCGAGUAGGUUAAGUGGGCCUGAACUGGCGAAGCAGCAAUGGGAAGAGGGGGUUGAGGCUAAACGGGCAAGGUCAACCAGAGCAAGCAUUGAGCAUCCUCUGAUCCCUCUGUCUCAAGCAGGGGUUCAACCAGGAAAUGGGCUCGUUUCAGGGGCUGGGCGGCUGACUGACAGACUGUUGACUGACUCUGCUAACGUCCUGACGGAUUCUGACAGAGGCUUAGGUGGCACUGACCGGCUGAUGACUGGUGGUGGAGCUGUAGCAGCUGAGUGGCAUGGGGGUGAGCUGGUAGGUGUUGGCAGAGAGAGGAGUGGUGAUGGCAUGAAGAGGAAUGGCGAUGGCAUGGUUAUGUCAGUAGCGCACGGCAGGGCUACGGUGGUGAAUGGCGGGGCUAUGGAGGUAGAUGGUGAGCUGGACGAGACGCAGGGUGGGCAUUUAUUCACUGCUGCUCAGGUUGUUGAGGGUCCAGAGGGGUGGGAGGAAGAGUUGAGAGAGCCAGCAGGAGAGACAGCAGGAGAAGCAGCAGGAAUGGCAGCAGGAGAGCAAGCAGCGGUGGCUUUUGAGUCGACUCAGAGGGCACAGGGUGGGCGUGUAUUGGCUGCUCAAAUGGAGAGUGGGUGGGGUUUAGAGAAAGAGUUGAGAGUAGACGCACCAGAUGCAGCAGGAGGGAUUGAAUGGGACCAACUGUCCCCUGAUGAUGCUGCUGUUCCCAUGGCCACGCCUGUGUAUGGAUCCGUGGAGAACAACCAAUGGAGGGAGGGGAACAGAGGUGACUGCGAGAGAAGUGAUAGUGACGAGGGCUCUGUUGUCGUGGCGGAUGUUGUGGAGUUGGAGGGUGGUGAAGUGGGAGGUUUGGCGUUUGCAGGUAGGGAGGAUGGGAGGGAAGAGGGAUGGGAGGAGGAAGCGUUGGAGGAGGAGGAGGGGGAAAGGGGAGAGGAGGAAUCAGAGGAGGAGGAGGAGGAGGAGGAGGAGGAGGAGGAGGAGGAGGAGGAGGAGGAGGAGGAGGAGGAGGAGGAGGAGGAGGAGGAGGAGGAGGAGGAGGAGGAGGAAGAGGGGGAGGGAGCGGAGGAGGAAGAGGAGGAGGCGAAGUCAGUCCGGCAAGGUGGCUGGGGAGUGGAUGUGGGGUUGCGGGAGGGAGUGCAGGAUGAGGAAAAGCAGGAUGAGGAAAAGCAGGAUGAGGAGGAAGAGGAGGAAGAGGGGGUGGAAGAAAAAGAGGAGGAGGAUAAGGGUUAUAGUUUGGACGAACAGGUCAAGUUUGAGGAGGAGGAGGAGAGAGUGGGGGUAGAUUAUUGGGAUGAGGUGGUGGAGAUGGACGAGGAGAAAGAGGAAGAGGAGGAGGCCUUCAGCCGGGCCACUGUAACAGAUGAAGAGGCAGCUGCUAUCACAGCUGUUGAGGCGGUUACCAUGACGGAUGAUGAGGCGGUUACCGUAACGGUCGAUGAUCUGGUUACCGUAACAGCUAACAAGCUGGUCGUUGACUUGUCUGAUGGUGAUGAUGAGGAUGAUGAUGAGAAGGAGGACAUGAUAGAGGAGCUCCAAGCAGGGAGCCUGGAGGAUGGGGGGAUGGGGGGGAACCCAAACACAAGCAAGGGGAGUGAGAUCAAGAGCAAGAGCAGUGGAAUGAGGAGUAAGAGCAGUGGGAGUCUGUUUCGCGGGCUGAGGAGCAGAAGCAAGUCGUUACUAGGAGGAAGCAAGGCAGGAGCUCGGCAUGGGACGACAGGCAGUCAGGAGCAAUAUGGGUCCACAGAAGCAGAGGCAGAUACGUUGGUACAGCAGCAGGAUGAUAGAGGUACACCUGAUGGUGUUGUGGGCGACCCUUCUUCCUUGGCUGCUCCUCCCGCAUUCCCAGCCACGCUCUCUGUCAACACUGCUGCCAGUAGACGCACCAUGAGCAGCAGCAGCAGCACUAUCAGUAGCAGCAGCAGCAGCACUAUCAGUAGCAGCAGCAGCAGCACUAUCAGUAGCAGUAGCAGCGGCGGUAUGGCAGGGCUGCGAGCCCGCUCUUUUGCUGCAGUGGGGAACGUCAGAAGCGGUAUCUCCUCUGCAGCCACCAAAGCAGCGAUAAAAGCAGCGACUGGGAUCAGCUCAGGAGCGCGUAACGUCUCUGCGGUUACCAGCCUCCCCGGCGCUGCUGCUAGGAACGUGGCUGCUGCAGCAGGGGAGGUGGGGCAGGGGGCGAGGAGCCUUGCUGCGGUGGCAGCAGGGGGUGUGGCUACUGGUGCGGUGGCUGUUGCUGGGGGGAUCAAGGGAGGGGCUAGGAACGUUGCAGGGGGGAUUAAGGGCGGAGUGAGGACAGUGGCAGGGGGGGUGAGAGAUGGGGCGUUGACGGUUGCAGGAGGGGUGAAAGGAGGGGCUAUGACUGUUGCUGGAGGGGUGAAAGGAGGGGCUAUGACUGUUGCUGGAGGGGUGAAAGGAGGGGCUAUGACUGUUGCUGGAGGGGUGAAAGGAGGGGCUAUGACUGUUGCUGGAGGGGUGAAAGAGGGAGCCUUGACAGUGGCAGGAGGUGUAAAAGAGGGAGCUCUAACAGUGGCAGGGGGAGUGAAAGGGGGGGCUUUAACAGUGGCAGGUGGUGUGAAAGAGGGUGCUUUAACAGUGGCAGGGGGUGUGAAAGAGGGUGCUUUAACAGUGGCAGGGGGUGUGAAAGAGGGUGCUUUGACAGUGGCAGGGGGUGUGAGCGGGGGUGCGCUGACAGUAGCAGGAGGGGCACAGAGCGUAGCAUUUGCAGCAGCGGGAGGAAUCAAGGAGGGUGCAAGGAGCGUGGCAGGCACUGCAGCAGCAGCAGCAGCGGUGGCAGCAGGGGGGAUCAAAGAGGUGGCAUCUGAGAUCAAGCAUUUGGCAGAAGAGGUGGCAGCUGGGCAGGGUGGGUCAGGCUCUGGCCGGAUGCAACGGGUGCAUAAUGUUGCGGACAGAGAGGGGGAGGAGGGUGAGGACUGCGACGAGAGAGGGUUACAGAGUAACGGCUUGGGUAAGAGCAGGAGCAGAGAUGGGGCCACGAGCGCCGUUCGAACCAGCCCUGGUUCCUUUACAGGCAGAUCCGUUACAAGGAGUAAGACCCACGACAGCCGAAUCAUCAGCAACAGCAACUCCAGCCCUGUGGUGCCCGCCAGCCUUGGUAGGAGGAGCAGGAGUGGGAAGGAGAGGGAUGCUCCUGGCACCUUCACGGAAGGUUCCUUGGACUUCUUCCUGGAAGAUUCCUUUGAUUCUGACUCCCUGCCAAGGUGGUCCUUCGAUGCAGCUUCCUUCCACUCCAGCCCAGCCCAUACAGACCCUUUCAAUCCCGACUUUUUUGCAGUAGCUUACUCAGGCGAACUCGGUGCUAGUAGUACUAGUACCAAAUCACUCCCUAGAGGGGAUACCAGCAGAGGAGAUUCACUCCAACGUAAGGAGCCUCGAACCAGCCUGCUGAGAGGGAUCGGUGCUAAGAUGGCUAGAAGCGAAACUGCGACAGCUGCCCUAACUGCACCAGGUCAGUUAGCCCCCUCGACUGUGAAGCCAAACAUGCUCGCUCCAAGUGCCACUGCAGUAGCCACAACCUCUGGUGAGCCUCAUUCUGGUUCCAUUCUUGCUUCUCAACCGCACUCAACCGCUUGUUCAGUCGCUCAAGAGGACUGCACCGCAGCAGCAGUUAGGGUGCUGCCCAGCAGCCGAACCACUGGCGGAGUGAGCAGCAGCAGCGAUGCCGGGGGAAGAGGGAGUUUGAAUCACCAGGGCAGUGCAAGCUUCCAGCAUGGCCCCAAGGGGCAUUCCAGAAAUUUGUCUGAGGAAAUGCCGUUCCUCAGGGUGACUAGCCUUGCCGCUCUUUCCCCUGAAGAUGCCGUGUUGGCAUUGUGGGAGGAGGAGGGGGAGUGUGAGGAAGGGGGGGAGGGCAAGAGAGGGAUAAGAAGCUCCCACUCCCGCCGUUUCCAUGCCUCCGGCCUUGCCAUUGCCGGGGCUGCUGCCGCAGCUGCGGCAGGGGUCCGGUCCGGAGCUAAGAACGUAGCUUCGGGAGCGAUGAAUGUGAGGCAGGGGAUUAAGGGAGGGGCAAGGAACGUGGCGUCGGCAGCAGCAGCAGCUGCGUCAGGAAUAGGGUCGAGAGUAGAGAGUGUGGGUGGGAGUGGUGCAUUGCGGGGUGCGAGUGUGGGCAGCAGAUGCUGCAGGCAGGCUCCUAGGACGGAGACGUUUGGGCACAACGCGUCGUUCGUUGACAGGUUUGUUGCUGGGUUGGACGAGAGUGGGGUGGGUGUGGAGGGAGAGAGCGGACGGGAUUUAGGCAGAGAGGAAUGGGAGGUUGGAAGCAGUGAUGACGGAUGGGGAGGAAUGGAGGAGGGAUUUGGAGAGGAGGAUGAGGAGUGGGAGUUGGCGGAGGAGGGUGAAGAAGGGAAGAGGGAGGGUGAGGGGUUGGAGGAGGAAGGAGGACGGUCGGAGGGGUUGGAGGGGGAGGGUGUGUUUAAGAUCUCUCAGAAACACGAGGGGCAGCACGAGGGGCAGCAGGAGGGGCAGCACGAGGGGCAGCACCAGACGCAGCACCAGAGGCAGCACAGGGGACGAAUCUCACGAGCAUUUUCCAGCAAUGCUGUUUCGGUGCUUGCCGUUCCCGGCAGCAGUAUGGGUGAGGAGGAGGAAGAGGUUAGUGCUCCCGGAAGUGCAGCCAUGCGACGCUCAGUGAGCAGCAGCAGCGGUAACGCGGUAACCAGCCUUGUUGUCGUAACCAGCGAGAACGCGAUAACUGAUAGUGCUGCAGCUACCAGCGCUGCUGCUUUUACCAGCAAAGCAGCGGAGGGGCAGCACAGCCGGCGGGCUUUGCCGGCCUACCAGGUGCCCUUGUCCCUCCGCAUCCGAGCAGCCUUGGAGCAACGCACUCUAGAGGGCGGGGGUGAGGGAGUGCUGGCAGCGGCAUUGCAUGUAUCUACAUCUGUGGGUGGCGAAUCUAGGCUUGUUGCCAGGUCAGCCUCCUUUACAGGGGGAGCAGCAUGGUCGGAGAGUCCAGCUGGCAGUGCCACGUCAGCGUCGCUGGAUAGUGUUCCGGAUUCCCUCUCCCCGCAGCAGAAGAGUCCGCAGAUGCUGCAAAGGGCUAAGUCCGAGGGUAGGAACUCUGCUGCUGGUUCGGCUUCGUACUCCUUACUGCAUGCUUCACAGUUGCGUUUUGCAUCCCAAACCGGUCGCAGUGGAUACAGUUCAAGCGGUCGCUCUAGUUCACGGAAGCGACUGCAUGAAAUGUUUCAGGAGCAGCAGCAGCAGCAGCAGCAGCAGCAACAGCAGGAGCAAGAGCAGCAGCAGCAGCAGCAGAAGCAAAGGUGGCUGUCGAGUCGUGGGUUGGGCAGGAGAGGGCAGUACUUGAGGCAAUGGGCCUCAGCGGGAUGCCCCUCUCCCUUGGACGCUGCUGCAGAUGCUGCCCUAGCUGCUGCCUCAGGUGCCCGCUCAGGUGCCUCUUCAGGUGACUAUUCAGUCGCGGCCUUAGGAGCCGUCUCAGGUGCUGCGUCAGCAACCUCCUCUCCCCUGCGCUCCUCAUUCACUGCACAGCCACGUGGCAGCUCUCCAGCAGCCUAUCUUCCACGUGGCAGCCUCUCAAUGGUGCACCGUUUCGUCUUUGUAGAUCCCCCAGCCAGUAGCAUUCGCCCUGCUGCCACCACUGCCAGCAGCAGCAACACCCGUUAUCCUCGUAACCCUAGUAACCUAAGUAACUUUAGUAACACUAAUUACCUCAGUAACUUCAGUAACCCUAGUAACCCGAAUAACCCCAACUACUUGAAGCGGAUUGGCAGCGCCACGCGUAGCGGAUUCUCUAGCAGAAGCAACUCAAGUCGGUUCCGCGAGAGCAAGCCUUCCCAGCUCCUCCGCAAGAGCAAGAGCAGCAGCAGCAGCAGUGACUGGAGGAGUGAUGUUAGCGCGCACGAUAUCAGCACGACAAAGGAUGAUGCUCCUCCUCUCCAUCGCUCCAAGUCCUCUGGGGCGUCACUGGACAGGGCCACAGGUAGCAGGGAUUCCGUGUUUCAGCAGGUUGUUUUUGAGAAUUCUCAAAAACACCCCACAGGUAGCGGGGAUUCCGUGUUUCAGCAGCAGACCCAGCACAAGGAGCAGAAGGCGCAGGAGCAGCAGGAGGCGCAGGAGCAGCAGGUGCAGCAGGUGCAGCCAGUGAAGCCGAAACUGCAAAAGCUGAGCUCCCGCUCCAACCGUGACUCAAUUGUUUUGCAGAAGGAGCAGGAGCAGCAGGAGCAGCAGGAGGCACAGGAGCAGCAGGCACAGGAGGAGCAGUUGCAGCACGUGCAGCAGUUACAGCCGAUGAAGCCGACACUGCAGAAGCUCAGCUCGCGCUCCAACCGUGACUCAACUCUCGUGCCUCACUGCUCCCCUCGCUCCUCUUCCCUCCCUGCCGAACCCUCCACAUCCUCCCUCUCCUCUUCGUCCUCCUCUCUCCCCUCCUCUCUCCUCUCCUCUCUCUCGUCCUCGCAGCGACAUGCAGUUGAUCUCACCACCUCCUUCCCUCAGUUCAAGCGAGAGAUUGCCCGCAUCCGCUGCUUGUCAUCCCUCAAAUCCGCUGCUGUGUCUGCUGCGUCUGCUGCUUCUGCUUCUUCUGCUUCUGCUGCGUCUGUGUCUCUGAGUGGUAAGAAGCACCACAAGGAGCGGUGGCAGGAGUGGGCCGAGCAAGUGACGGGAAAGAAGCUCCUGUCACGACAGCUGAACGAGCAGCAGCAGGAGAAGCCGCGGAGUUGUGAUGAAAAUCUAACGGAUCAGCAGUCAUAUCAGCAGAAGGAUUGGGAGCAGGAUCAGCAACCGGUGCAGCAGCAGGUGCAGCAGCAGGUGCAGCAGCAGGUGCAGCAGCAGGUGCAGCAGCAGGUGCAGCAGCAGGUGCAGCAGCAGGUGCAGCAGCAGGUGCGGCAUCAGGUGCAGCAGCAGGUGCAGCAGCAGGUGCGGCAGCAGGUGCGGCACUUACAAGGCAAGCCACCGAGACCGGGGCUUCACAGCAGCGCGAGUGCACAGUCUCUCAACAGGCUUCAUCCAAAGGCGCCCUUUGAAGCGCCUGGUAAGUCUCGUCUCGGUUCGAGGUCCCUCAGGAGCAGUGUGAGUGCGCAAUCCACUCUCAACAGGAGCCACCCAGAUUUCCCUCCUCACUUCCCCUCGCCUGGGACCCCCUCAGAUGCCUCAGGUGAGUUUCCAGGUGCUUCUCCAGGUGAUUCGCCAGGUGCUUUUUCUCAGGUGCGUCCGCAGGUGCUUCCCCAGGUGUUCCAGUUUCUCUUUGAGCCACACUUAUCACCGGAACCCUCGCUGCCUGCUCGUGCGAACCUGCUUCUUACAAAAUGCGCUGAGCUGUCAAGGUUUGAGCGUAGAGAGCUGUCAAUCAGAGGGUUCAUUCUGAGGCCGGAGGGAAGGGUGAGUGUGAGAAAGGAGGAGAGGAAGGUGGGUGUGGAAGAGAGAGAGCGGGACGGGGAUGAAGAGGGGGAGAAGGGGGUUGAGGAGGGGAGGAUGGCGGAGGUGAACGAAUGCGGUGCAGAGGGGUUGGGAGCGGGAGAGGGCGGUGGUGGGGAGAUGGAGAGGAGUAAGCUGGUGUGGGAGAAGCUAGAGCAGCAGCUGGAGGUGCAGAGGGAGGAGGAGGAGAGGCGAGAGGGGUUAUUAGAGCAGCAGCGUGCAGAGGGCAGCAAUGAGCAGUCAGGAAGCAGAGAGGAGCGAGCAGAGAGCAGGGAGCAGAACGGUGCUGCUGCUGGCGGUGUGGAGGUGGUUGGGGGCAGAGCAGACCAGGGUGAUGAGGUGGAUGGGCGUGGUGCUGUGGGGUUGAAUCCGGUGCUGAUGCCGGCCAAACCGCCGCGCAUGCUCUCCCGGCUAAAUGCCACCCGACGCCGCCCGUCUGAAGACAACAGCUUCGACAGCAAGAGUGUGGGAAGUAAAGGAGGAGAGGAGGAGGAGGAGGAGGGUGACAGGACGAGUGAUCAAGGCGGCUUGGAGGGUGAUGGAGAUGAGGAGGAGGAAGGGGAGGAAGAAGGGAAGAAGGAGGGUGAGGUUCUAUCACCAAGGGAAGAGGCCAUGAUGCUGCUGUGGGUGAUUCCCGGGUUAGGGGGCGAGGAGGAGGAGGAGAGGAGGAAGGUGAGAAUACGGCAAGCCCUGGCAGCGGCAGCAGGCGGGAUCGCCAGUGGGGCUUUAACUGUGGCAGGGGGGAUCAAGGGUGGGGCGAUGAAUGUCAGGGAGGGGAUCAAAGAAGGGGCGUUGAAUGUAAAGGAGGGGAUUAAGGGAGGGGCGAUGAAUGUUAAAGAGGGGAUUAAAGAAAAGGCGAUGAAUGUUAAGGAAGGUAUUAAAGAAGGGGCGCAGAGUGUUAGGGAGGGGAUUAAGGAAGGGGCGUUCAGCGUAAAAGAAGGGAUUAAGGGAGGCGCGUCAACUGUCAAAGAGGGGAUUAAGGAAAAGGCGAUCAAUGUGAAGGAGGGGAUUAAGGAAGGGGCGUUGAAUGUGAAGGAGGGGAUCAGGGGAGGGGCGAGGAGUGUUGCAUCUGUGGCAGGGGCAGCGGCAGCAGCAGCAUCGGGGAUAGCCUCUGCGCCUGCCGAAGAGACAGUGCUUGUUCCCAUGGGCAGUGAGGAGGGGAGAGUGGUGAGAAGCAAGAGUGAGGAGCACAAGGGAGUGAGGGAGGCUGGAUUGGCUCCAGGGGUGGGGUCAAGGGAGGCUGGGGGAUCUCGUUCUGGUGACCUGGGGAGUUCUUAUUCAGGGGAGGUGGGAGCUGACCCUGGGCCUGGGGCGCUUCAAAGCCUGGGGAGGUCCUAUCUGGGGGAGGUGGAGAUUGGCGCUGUUGGGUUUGCAAAGGUGGUACGGAGAUACGACGAUGAUGAUGAGGAGGAUGAGAGUCAGAGUGUCACUAACGAGGAUGACGAUAACAAGGAUGGCAAUAACGAGGAUGGCAGUAACGAGGCCUUCUGGUGGGGGGAUUACGAGGAAGAGGAGCAGCUGAUGCGUGAUGAUUCAGAUGAAGAUUCAGGUGACACUUCAGUGAGGAGGGGAAAGAGAGAGAGGAGGGGAGAGGGAGGGAGGAAAGAGAGGAGGGGAGAGGGGGGGGAGGGGAGAGAGGAGGAGGAGGGGAGAGACGAGGGGGAGGAGAGUGAAGGGGAGGAGAGUGAAGGGGAGGAGAGGAGAGUGGUGGAUUGGGGGAUAGAUGGAGAAGAGGGGAGCGAGGCCGAGGAAGAAAGAGAGGCGGAGGAGAAAACAGGGAUGAAGGAAGGAUUUCUGGAGGAGAUGGAGAGUGAAGGGGAGGAGGAGGAGGUUAGGAGUGAAAGGGAGGAGGAGGAGGUUAGGAGUGAAGGGGAGGAGGAGGAGGUUAGGAGUGAAGGGGAGGAGGAGGAGGUUAGGAGUGAAGGGGAGGAGCAGCAGAGUGAGGCGGGGGAGGGAAGCUGCUUUGGGGAUGCAGGAAUGGGGCAGGUUGCGAGAGAGGCAGAGGAGGGUACAAAGGUGGAUGAGGAGAGAGCGGUGGAAGGGGAAAGCGAGGAGGGAGGAGGAGAGGCUGAGGCGAAAACAGGAAUGAAGGAAGGAGAGGAGGAGGAGAUGGGGAGUGAAGCGGAGGAGGAGGAGACUAGAAGUGAGGCGGGGGAGGGAAGCUGCUUUGGGGAGGUGGAGAUUGUUCCGGAAGCCAGAGAGGUAGUGGAGGGUGCAAAGGUGGAUGAGAAAAGAGAGGUGGAAGGAGAAAGGGAGGUGGAGGAACGAGAGUUGGAAGGGGAAAGAGAGGUGGAAGGGGAAAGAGAGGUGGAAGGGGAAAGCGAGGUGGAAGGGGAAAGAGAGGUGGAAGGGGAAAGAGAGGUGGAAGGGGAAAGAGAGGUGGAAGGGGAAAGAGAGGUGGAAGGGGAAAGAGAGGUGGAAGGGGGAAGAGAGGUGGAGGAACGAGAGAUGGAAGGGGAAAGGGAGGUGGAGGAACAAGGAGAGGCUAUGGAGCGAACAGGGAUGGAGGGAGGAAAGGGUGAAGAAGAAGUUGAGCGUGAAAGAGUGGAGGAGGAGAGAGAGGAGGAGAAAGAGGAGGAAGAGGAGGAAGACAAGGAAAAAGAGGAGAAAGAGGAGAACAGUAAUCGCGUCAGGGAAGUGGAAUUGGAGGAGGAAGGAGGAGAGAGUCUGGAGGGUACACAGAUGGAGGGGGGUCGAGAGGAGGGGGAGGAGGAGGAGAGUGAGGUGGGGAAGAGGCAAGGAUUGGAAAAUGGAGAAGAGAUCGAAGAGAGUGAGAAGAGUGAGGAGGGAAGUCACAGGGACGAGCAAGAUUUGGAGGAAGAUGGGGAGAGUAGAGGCGAGGACGAGAGGGAGGGGGAGGAGGGAAGGGAGAGGAAGGAGGGCGUAGAGGCGAAGGAGGGAAAAAAAGAAGAGAGGAUAGAAGGAGUGGUGGAGAUGGGUGCAAUGAUGUACCUGCCUCAGAUGUACCUACCUCAGACGUACCUGCCUCAGUCGUACCUGCCUCAGAUGUACCUGCCUCAGAUGUACCUGCCUCAGAUGUACCUGCCUCAGAUGUACCUUCCUCAGAUGUACCUUCCUCAAGCUCCACAGGAACAGAUACCCCGUCCAUCCGCCGAAUCGGGUCGGCAGCGGCGGCAGCGGUGGCAGCAGGAGACGUGGUGA